AUGCCUCAAUUCACCCUCUACGCCAACAUCAUCGCCACGGCACCAGACCGUGUGCAGCUUGCCAUCAAUGAGGCUGGCUUUACCGAUUACGAGCGCAUUGAGGUCGACAUGGGAACCCAGGAGCACAAGACACCCGAGUACCUUGCUCGCAACCCCUUCGGCAAAGUCCCUACCCUCGUCACCUCAGAUGGAAUCACCAUGUACGAGUCCCGCGGCAUUGCCCGCUACCUCUGCACCCGAUACAACUUCGACCUCCUCCCCGACCCCAAGGACAACGCUGCCGUGGCUCUCUUCGAGCAGGAAAUCUCCUGCGAGGCCGCAUACUUCGAACGCCCAGUAUCCAGCAUCGCCUACGAGUCAUCCAUCAAGCCAAUUCUCGGAAUGGAGACGAACCAAGAGAACCUUGAGGAGGGCAAGAAGCUACUAGGCCAAUACUUCGACACCGCCGAGGCCAUCUUCAACAAGACCGGCAAGAAGUUCUGGGCUGGUGACAAGUACACCCUUGUCGACGUUUAUUAUAUCCCACACCUCGCCAGGAUCUUUGAGCGUGGCUAUGGCGACCUAGUUACCUCCAGACCUGCCCUCAACGCUUGGUGGCAGAGGUGUCUGGCCCGUCCAGCUUCCAAGGCAUUUAUCGAAAAUGUGCCCAAGCUGGAGGAAGUGUUGGCUCAUAUCCAGAAGGUCAAGGCGGCCAAGGAGGCGAAGUAG